AUGGAAGCAAACGAAGAGUUUCCUUUUGGCGACAAGUUUGAUUGGAAAAAUAAAAUUUUCCUCGGAGAGGGCAGCUACGGAAGAGUCUUCAAGGUCAAGAGCCUCCAAGACGGACAAUUUUAUGCCAUCAAGCAGAUGAGAAUGGAAGAGUUCAAUCAAGAUCCCACCCUUAUGGCCUCUCUCAAAGGCGAAAUUCAGAUUACCAUGGAUGUCAACUCUGACCACACAGUCAAGAUGCUAGACGCUAAGAUCGGAAAAAAUUAUACAUACAUGAUCCUCGAGCUCUGCGAUACCGACUUGCGUAAAGAACUUGCCUCACGCAAAUUUACUGAACCAGAAUGUGUGGCUAUCUUCGAGGAGAUCAUGAUGGGCUUCAAUGUCCUCGUUCACAAAGGUUACAUCCAUCGUGAUAUAAAACCGGCAAACACACUCGUCAAGAAUCAUCACUAUAAGGUCGCUGAUUUCGGUUUCGCAUGCAAAGCAGAUAUCCUAGGUCGAAAGAAGCUCACCGAUAUUUGCGGAACUCCCAUUUACAUGGCUCCACAGUUGCUGAAAAACGAACCCUAUACAGCCAAAUCAGACAUAUGGAGUCUGGGCCUCAUGCUUUAUGAAAUGAUCUUCGGAUAUGCCCCUUGGCCUUGUCGUAGCUUGGAAGAAUAUCUCAGCGGAAUCUAUCAUAAGUCUUUGAGCUUCCCUUACAACGCUAAGAUCGGAUAG